AUGUCGCUCCGAGUGCUGAACCCUAAUGCGGAGGUUCUCAACAAAUCGGCGGCACUCCACAUGAACAUCAAUGCCGCCAAGGGCUUGCAGGACGUCCUCAAGACCAAUCUCGGCCCCAAAGGCACCAUCAAGAUGCUCGUUGGCGGGUCUGGAGACAUUAAGCUGACUAAGGACGGCAACACUCUCCUUAAAGAAAUGCAAAUUCAAAAUCCCACAGCAAUUAUGAUUGCACGGACAGCUGUUGCCCAAGAUGACAUUAGUGGUGAUGGUACAACUUCUACUGUAAUCUUUAUUGGGGAGCUGAUGAAACAGUCUGAACGUUACAUUGAUGAAGGAAUGCAUCCAAGGGUUUUGGUUGAUGGUUUUGAAAUUGCCAAAAGGGCUACCCUCAAGUUUCUUGAAACAUUUAAGACUCCUGUUGUCAUUGGCGAUGAACCCGACAAAGAGAUUUUAAAGAUGGUUGCAAGAACUACAGUGAGAACUAAGCUGUAUGAAGCUUUGGCUGAUCAAUUGACCGACAUAGUUGUCAAUGCUGUUCUCUGCAUACGGAAACCCGAGGAAUCUAUUGAUCUAUUCAUGGUGGAGAUUAUGCACAUGCGCCAUAAGUUUGAUGUUGAUACACGGCUGGUCGAAGGUCUUGUCCUUGAUCAUGGUUCUAGACAUCCUGACAUGAAGCGAAGGGCAGAGAACUGUCACAUCUUGACGUGCAAUGUCUCUCUGGAAUAUGAUAAGAGUGAGAUAAAUGCAGGAUUUUUCUACUCAAAUGCUGAGCAGAGGGAGGCAAUGGUUUCUGCUGAAAGGCGUCAAGUUGACGAAAGAGUGAAAAAGAUUAUUGAACUAAAGAAUCAGGUCUGUUCCGGUAAUGACAAUAACUUUGUUGUUAUCAAUCAAAAGGGAAUUGACCCUCCGUCUCUGGAUCUGCUAGCAAGAGCAGGGAUUAUUGCCCUCCGAAGAGCAAAGCGUAGGAAUAUGGAACGGCUGGUAUUGGCUUGUGGUGGGGAGGCUGUUAACUCUGUUGAUGAUCUGACUCCUGAUUGCCUUGGAUGGGCUGGUUUGGUUUAUGAGCACAUCCUUGGUGAAGAAAAAUAUACUUUUGUUGAACAAGUAAAAAAUCCCCAUUCUUGUACCAUCUUAAUAAAAGGCCCCAAUGACCACACUAUUGCCCAAAUAAAAGACGCUGUACGAGAUGGCCUGAGAGCAGUAAAGAACACCAUCGAGGAUGAAGCUGUUGUACUUGGUGCUGGAGCUUUUGAGUUUGCAGCCAGAAAAUACCUACUCAGUGAAAUCAAGAGAACUGUUAAAGGGCGUGCUCAACUUGGUGUUGAAGCUUUUGCCGAUGCCCUUCUUGUGAUACCAAAAACUCUUGCUGAGAACUCCGGGCUUGACACUCAGGACGAGAUAGUUUCCCUUACGGGAGAACAUGACAAUGGUAACAUUGUCGGAAUCAACCUCCAAACAGGAGGUCCCCUUGACCCCCAGAUGGAGGGUAUUUUUGAUAACUACUCAGUCAAACGCCAGCUUCUUAACUCAGGGCCUGUGAUUGCAUCCCAAUUGUUGUUGGUGGAUGAAGUGAUUCGAGCUGGGCGUAACAUGAGAAAGCCAACCUAG